UUUAGCUGCUUAGCUGCAUUACGGCGACACGCACGAAAUACUGUGUGCUGCACUAAGCCAACCUCUGAUAACACUUUACCCCGAUCCUUCAUUCUUGUUGGUUCAGCCGCUUCGCUCUUCCGGAACCAAUUCGUGUCCACAUCUGGGGUUCGGGUCUAUUCGGGCUAUCGCAACUCUGCUCAGUCGCCUCAACUCGGCCCUUUGCCCCGACAUCUCCCGCCAGACUGUGGAGAAGCGUCGGCCGGGACGACCAAGAACUGAGUAUACGGCUGGAUCAUGGCUCCUGGUGCAAACAUACAUAUACCCCCUGCUGGCCCCCCCGAACCAGGACCUCUUUACUCAGAUUUCUACCAACAGCAAAUCGAAAGGCAACGGAACAAUAACUAUCAUUCGACAUCGCUAAGAAACAUGGUUGCUACUUCUGUGAACCGUACUGCCCUGCACCCUGGUGGUGUCCAACCCGGCAAGGGCCACACCGAACUCGAAGAAGAACUUCAUGAACACGCCCACAUCGACUACGACCGCGUUGCUAUUAUUGCCAACCCUUCUGUCGCUGCCCUCUAUGAAGACGCUCUUGUCUACGAGACUGGUACUGCUAUCACAUCAAGCGGUGCUCUCACAGCCUACUCUGGCGCCAAAACUGGUCGCUCUCCUUCAGAUAAGCGAAUCGUGAAGGAGGAGUCUUCAGAGAAGGAGGUCUGGUGGGGACCCGUCAACAAGCCUAUGACCCCGGAUGUCUGGCGUAUCAACCGUGAGCGUGCUGUCGACUACCUCAACACCCGAAACCGUAUCUACGUGAUUGAUGGUUUCGCUGGCUGGGAUGAGCGCUACCGUAUCAGCGUCCGUGUCGUCUGCGCGCGCGCCUACCAUGCUCUCUUCAUGCGCAACAUGCUUAUCCGACCUUCUGCCGAAGAACUUAAGCACUUCCACCCUGACUACGUGAUCUACAACGCUGGUUCCUUCCCUGCCAACCGCUUCACUGAGGGUAUGACAUCUGCCACCUCCGUCGCUAUCAACUUUGCCGAGAAGGAGAUGGUUAUCCUCGGUACUGAGUACGCCGGAGAGAUGAAGAAGGGUGUCUUCACCAUCCUCUUCUACGAGAUGCCCGUCAAGCACAAUGUCCUGACCUUGCACUCUUCUGCCAACGAGGGCCAGAACGGCGACGUUACUGUCUUCUUCGGUCUGUCCGGAACUGGCAAAACCACCCUCUCCGCCGACCCCAAGCGUGCUUUGAUCGGUGACGACGAGCACUGCUGGACUGACCGUGGUGUCUUCAACAUCGAGGGUGGCUGCUACGCCAAGUGCAUUGGCCUCUCCGCCGAGAAGGAGCCUGAUAUCUUCAACGCCAUCCGCUUUGGUUCCGUCCUCGAGAACGUCGUCUUCGACCCCAUCAGCCGCGUUGUUGACUACGACGACUCCACCCUCACCGAAAACACCCGCUGUGCCUACCCCAUCGAGUAUAUUGAGAACGCCAAGGUUCCCUGCCUCUCCGACAGCCACCCCUCAAACAUCAUCCUCCUCACAUGCGAUGCUCGUGGUGUACUCCCCCCUAUCUCCAAGCUUACCACCGAGCAGACCAUGUUCCACUUCAUCUCCGGUUACACCUCCAAGAUGGCCGGUACCGAGGACGGUGUCACAGAGCCCCAGGCUACCUUCUCUUCCUGCUUUGCCCAGCCCUUCCUUGCCCUGCACCCCAUGCGCUACGCCCGCAUGCUCGCGGACAAGAUCUCUCAGCACAAGGCCAACGCCUGGCUUCUCAACACCGGAUGGGUUGGCGCUGGCGCCACCACCGGCGGCAAGCGUUGCCCGCUCAAGUACACUCGUGCCAUCCUCGAUGCCAUCCACAGCGGCGAGCUCGCCAAGGCUGAGUACGAGACUUACGACGUCUUCAACCUUCACGUGCCCAAGAGCUGCCCCGGUGUGCCUGAUGAGCUUCUGAACCCCAAGAACAGCUGGACCGCUACCACCAGCUUCUCGGACGAGGUCAACAAGCUCGCUAAGCUGUUUAACGAGAAUUUCCAAAAGUACGCUGACCAAGCCACCAAGGAAGUCAUCGCGGCCGGUCCCGUUGUCCAGUAAUCGGCUGGUGAAGAUAGAAUCGUUUCCUUUGUUAUUUUCCUCUUUAUUCCCAUGAUGCCCUUUUCUGUUGUCUAAAAUAUUGCAUGGCGUGCUGCGUUUAUUUGGGUUUGCUUGCUUUCUGGGGUCCGGGAAAGAUACAAUCCGGCUUUGCCUUUUGGCUCCUGUGCUAAAUAGUCAGUAGAUGUUAGACAAUCCAGUGGCUAUUCCCAAUU